GUUUUUUUCCCUCCCCUCCUCCUCCCGUCAGAAGAUGGCGGCGGUGCCGGAGAGCGGAGAUAACAGGGAGAGUCAGGGACGGGGUUCUGAGCGCGGUGUCCACCAGGCAGAAACGCUGGGCUUUUACGAAGCAAAAGAAGAUCCCAGCAAAUACGCAGGGCAAAAACGGAAUCUGUCAGAUUUGUCCCUGCUGAGGUUUAUUAGUGCUGAGUUGACACGGGGUUAUCUUUUGGAACACAAUGAAGCCAAGUAUAAAGAAAGGAGGGAGAAAGUAUACACAUGUUUGCGAAUUCCUCGGGAACUGGAAAAGUUGAUGUUUUUUGGAUUCUUUCUGUGCCUGGAUGCCUUUCUAUAUCUCUUUACUCUACUACCAUUGCGAGUCCUUCUAGCCCUAGUGAGAUUUAUUACACUCCCCUGUUGUGGCUUAAGUGAUGGACGACUGCUACAACCUGCUCAGGUAUGUGACAUACUCAAGGCAGUUAUAAUGGUCAUCUGCUUUGUUAUGAUGCACUACGUGGAUUAUUCCAUGAUGUACCAUCUCAUUAGAGGACAAUCUGUCAUCAAACUCUACAUCAUCUACAAUAUGUUAGAGGUUGCUGAUCGCCUCUUUUCUUCCUUUGGACAAGAUAUUUUGGAUGCAUUAUAUUGGACAGCUACAGAACCUAAAAAGAAAAAACGAGCUCAUAUUGGGGUGAUACCUCACUUCUUCAUGGCUGUGCUUUAUGUCUUCCUUCAUACAAUUCUGGUCAUGGUGCAAGCAACAACUUUGAAUGUUGCUUUUAAUUCCCACAACAAGUCGUUACUUACCAUCAUGAUGUCAAACAAUUUUGUAGAAAUAAAAGGAAGUGUUUUCAAGAAGUUUGAGAAGAACAACCUGUUUCAGAUGUCCAAUAGUGAUAUCCGAGAGAGGUUCAACAACUAUGUUCUUCUGCUGAUUGUUUGUUUGAGGAAUAUGGAACAAUUUUCAUGGAACCCAGAUCAUCUGUGGGUGUUGUUUCCAGAUGUUUGCAUGGUAAUAGCUUCUGAAAUGGCUGUGGAUGUGGUUAAACAUGCUUUUAUCACAAAGUUUAAUGACAUUACAGCUGAUGUAUAUAGUGAGUAUAGAGCCAGCCUUGCAUUUGACUUGGUCAGUAGCCGUCAAAAAAAUGCAUACACAGAUUAUAGUGAUACAGUUUCCAGAAGAAUGGGAUUUAUACCGCUUCCACUAGCAGUUCUGCUAUCCAGAGUUAUUACAAGUUCUACAAAAAUUCAGGGAGCGUUGGCUAUUGUCAGCCUAUUGGUGUUUUACUUCGGACUGAUUGCACUUAAAGUUCUCAACAGCAUUGUGUUGCUGGGGAAAUCAUGUCAAUAUGUGAAAGAGGCCAAGAUGGAGGAAAAAUUGUUUCAAACCCCACCAGUCAGCACCCCUGGGAAACAUGCCAAAAAAUUUGUCAGCAAAGUUAAAUCACCUCAAGUAUCUUAUGUAGGAAGUCCUGUUGAGAUACAAUCAGAAUGUUUGCAAGCAUUUUGCCAUGGAGGUACUUCAGAAGAAAUGCAAUCAGAGUCCAUCAUUAGCCAGCCUGUAUCCCUAUCAGAAAGUGUAUCAACUCUUGUCUCAAGCAACAGUUCUGACCAAUUUCUUGCAACCCCCGACGUAGAGGACAAAGGAGUACCACAGGGAAAAUCUGAUGGCAAGCACUGUUCUUCAAAAGAAGAUCUACUAGAAAUAGACAGGUUCACAAUUUGUGGAAAUCGGAUUGAUUGAUUAUUGCACACUUUAACCUUUAGAAGAGCUGCUUCGGAUGUAAGCCUUUGCAUGACAAACUGAACACUGUCAAGCUUGACAAUAUAUAAAGGUUCGAAAGCUGCAAAGGAGGCACUGAUCAGGAAUAUUUAUUGAAAUCUUUAUAAUUUAUUAAUGACUCAAACCAAAAUAUAUUUUACCUGUUUCUUUUCCAUCUUUGGAAAUGUUUGGUUUGGAAUAGGCCAUUUUGGUUUGUGUAUUAAUUUCCUGUGGCAAAGGAAGAGAAUUUUUUGGUUGUUUUCUGUGGAGACCUGGCAGAUAAAUGCUUUCAAGACAGCUUUCUCUACAGUUGCGUGGAUUCUUUGUGCAAUAUUUCUUGCCACCCGUGAUGCAAAUGCACCUUGAAACAGUCAUGUGAGCAUACAGCCAGAUAACUUUUUUGGCUUUUUAUAACUUUUCAACAAUAUUCACUAAUACUUCAGGCUUUCAUUGUACAGAGAUGUGCCUGCUCAGUGUUUUUUUUUUUAAAUUCAAAUCCUAUAUUGCUGUUCUUAGGAAAGAAAUUCAGGUAAUGCUGACCCGAAAAUAUUUCAGUUGAAGUUUACAAAUAUUUCCAAAGGAGCUUCAGUUAUAAAAUGGGAGAUGUGGGGAAUCUUGAUAAAGAAAAUGUUGAUACAAGUGGAUCCUCUUAAAAGGUUAUUAUCCAUAUAAUAACGCAUUAUAUUUUUUUCUAAGAACAGGAAACACAGUGGUUGCUUAUCACCUGAAAAAGAAAAAAAGUUCUCAUAAUCUUUUCAAGAGGUUCCAUCUAGAACAUUAACACAUCAUAUCUUUCAGAUGCUGCUGAAGCUUCUGCGUGCUUCCAGCAUUUUUUACUUCUAUUUCAGAUUUCCAUCAUUCAGGAUUCUUUUCACUGUAUCUGAAGGAUUGUGCUUCAUAGAAAAAUUGGAGAUCAAAGUUGUUCAUAUGAACUAAUUGAGCAAGCUAUGUUUUAGGAAGCAAUAAAACACAAAAGAUAUAGGUACACAUUGGUAAGAGGCAGAAGAGCAUCAUUUUCCCACAGCUUUGUGUUUGUACAUAGGAAAGUAAAUGAAUCCAACAUGUACUUUUUAAGUUGUGCAUUAAUCUGUUAUGGUUUAUGUCUGUGCAAUGCUUAUUUAUAGUUAUUUUGCACUAUAGACCAUAGUGUCUUAGUUCAAGGUUUCAUGAAAAAAAUGAUGACAUAACUCUUCAUUUAACUACUCAAAAAGCUUGUUUUGCAAGAAAUAUUUCAUGUAAACUGAAAUGUUAAGUGGUUUAACUGAAGUAGCACCAGGCGAAUCUGAAUAAAUUAGCUUAUUGUUUACUCUGGGGGGUGGGAUAUCAAGCUGCAAAUAUCCAAAUUUCAAACAAACAAUAAAUUUGACCCUGUACUCACUUCCAAGGUAACUGCAAAGGGAUUUAUGGCUAAAAUUUAUAAUGGCACCAAAUAUUCUGUAUCUUUUUUAUAAUUAGUACAUAUUGUAAAUGAACAAUGCUGAAUAAAUGUUUUUGUAACACAUAUUGUUUGUUAGUAAUAUAUGUAACAAAUCAUGACCAAUCAUAAUGAACAAUUAAAAUCUUUGACGAAGAACUAUAUAGGUACAAUCCUAGAUUCAAACCUGUUAAAUGCAGCUGAAGAUUAAGGUAUGCUUGACUAAUUUUUUGCACGGGAGUCGGUUUUGCAUAAAAAGUGUUGUUUUGUAGUCCGAACUGAAUAAACUAUUUGUUAAAAUAUUUUUAUAAA